UAUUACUAACCUUAUGCCUAACCCGAACAUUAAAUUAAGACCAAAAAUCGUAUUUAUGUUUUUAGACAUUUUUACGAUAUAGACCAUUUUGACGUUGACGCUGUGGUAACCCACUCACCGUGUCAUCAUCAUCAUUUCACUAGGAGAUCUUAGCGCUGCUACAUCAUCUUGAGACAACUGCGAAACGAAGGAAAUCCAUCUCAGUCAAGAACCGAGUAAAGGAGGCGCCGAUAGCUAGAUUCCUGAACCUGUAUUUCUCUAUUGCUGGGGCAAAUAAACGGUUCAGAAAUGGUCUUGUGGUGAGGUGUUGCUGUUAUAAGGCUGUGAGGAGGAGCAACUGACAACAGAGCCAAACUUACUGACACGCACUCACCAGCCUCCCAUGGACGGCACACUCUGAGACAACACUUGAGAGGAGAGAAACAACAGGAGUGGGAGCAGAGGAGAGAAGAAGGAGCUGAGGAGAGCAGGAGGGACGUGACGAUGUCGUCCAACAGGGGCCAGAACCCACAUGGGUUGAAGCAGAUCGGGCUGGACCAGAUCUGGGACGACCUGAGGGCUGGCAUCCACCAGGUGUACACACGGCAGAGCAUGGCAAAGUCACGCUACAUGGAGCUCUACACCCAUGUGUAUAACUACUGUACCAGCGUGCACCAGUCCAGUCAAGGCCGGGGAUCUGCCGUCCCCAACAAGCCCUCCAAGAAGAGCAGUACUCCUGGGGGGGCCCAAUUCGUAGGCCUGGAACUCUACAAGAGACUCAAGGAGUUCCUCAAGAACUACCUGACCAGUCUGCUCAUGGAUGGUGAGGACCUGAUGGAUGAGUGUGUGUUGAAGUUCUACACACAGCAGUGGGAGGACUACCGGUUCUCCAGUAAGGUGCUGAAUGGGAUCUGUGCUUACCUCAACAGGCACUGGGUCAGACGUGAAUGUGACGAGGGACGCAAGGGCAUCUACGAGAUCUACUCGUUGGCGUUGGUAACGUGGAGGGAGUGUCUAUUCAGACCCCUAAAUAAACAGGUAACGAAUGCGGUCCUGAAGCUGAUCGAGAAGGAGAGAAAUGGAGAGACCAUCAACACCAGACUCAUCAGUGGUGUGGUGCAGUCCUACGUGGAGCUGGGGCUGAAUGAGGAGGAUGCGUUUGCUAAGGGUCCUACGCUGUCGGUGUAUAAAGAAUACUUUGAGUGCCAGUUCCUCACGGACACCGAACGCUUCUACACACGAGAGAGCACCGAGUUCCUCCAACAGAACCCUGUUACCGAGUACAUGAAGAAGGCUGAGGCCCGUCUGCUAGAGGAACAGAGGCGUGUGCAGGUGUACCUCCAUGAGUCCACUCAGGAUGAGCUGGCCAGGCGGUGUGAACAGGUGCUCAUAGAGAAACACCUGGAGAUCUUCCACACAGAGUUCCAGAAUCUACUGGAUGCUGACAAGAACCAAGAUCUAGGUCGGAUGUAUAACUUGGUGUCUCGUAUAACGGAUGGCCUAGGAGAGCUAAAGAAACUCCUAGAAACACACAUCCACAACCAGGGCCUGGCCGCUAUAGAGAAAUGUGGAGAGGCCGCUCUCAACGACCCUAAGGUGUAUGUCCAGACCACACUGAAUGUCCAUAAGAAGUACAACGCUCUGGUCAUGUCUGCCUUCAACAACGACGCUGGUUUCGUAGCUGCUCUAGACAAGGCGUGUGGUCGUUUCAUCAACAACAACACGGUCACUAAGAUGGCCCAGUCCUCCAGCAAAUCACCUGAACUACUGGCUAGAUACUGUGACUCUCUGCUCAAGAAGAGUUCUAAGAACCCAGAAGAGGCAGAGUUGGAGGACACACUCAACCAAGUGAUGGUGGUGUUUAAGUAUAUAGAGGACAAGGAUGUGUUCCAGAAGUUCUAUGCUAAGAUGCUGGCUAAACGCCUCGUCCACCAGAACAGUGCUAGCGACGACGCAGAGGCUAGCAUGAUCUCCAAACUCAAGCAAGCGUGUGGCUUUGAGUACACAUCUAAACUACAGAGGAUGUUCCAGGACAUCGGAGUCAGCAAAGACCUCAACGAACAGUUCAAGAAACACCUGACCAACUCUGAACCUCUCGACUUGGACUUCAGUAUCCAAGUGUUGAGUUCCGGGUCCUGGCCGUUCCAGCAAUCAUGCACCUUCGCUCUGCCCUCCGAGUUGGAGCGUAGCUACCAGCGGUUCACAGCAUUCUACGGCAGCAGACACAGCGGUCGGAAACUCACCUGGCUCUACCACCUGUCUAAAGGAGAGCUGGUCACCAACUGCUUUAAAAACAGGUACACUCUGCAGGCCUCUACCUUCCAGAUGGCUAUCCUGCUGCAGUACAACACAGAGGACCUGUACUCCGUACAACAACUCACUGACAGCACACAGAUCAAAACCGACAUUCUGGUUCAAGUGUUGCAGAUCUUGUUGAAAUCCAAAUUGCUGGUCCUGGAGGACGAGAAUGCUAACAUAGACGAAGUGGAGUUCAAACCAGAAACCCUGAUCAAACUCUUCCUGGGAUACAAGAAUAAGAAGCUGCGUGUGAACAUUAACGUUCCUAUGAAGACUGAACAGAAACAGGAGCAGGAGACCACACACAAGAACAUAGAGGAGGACCGGAAGCUCCUCAUACAGGCUGCCAUAGUGAGGAUAAUGAAGAUGAGGAAGGUUCUGAAACACCAGCAGCUCCUGGCUGAAGUCCUAAACCAGCUCUCGUCCCGCUUCAAACCCAGAGUCCCUGUCAUUAAGAAGUGUAUAGACAUCCUGAUAGAGAAGGAGUAUCUGGAGAGAGUGGAUGGAGAGAAAGACACGUACAGCUACCUGGCUUAACCCGCUCCCUUCCCUCUUAUUUUUGUCUUUUUUUUUUUUUAUGUCCGAGUAAUAAAGUGUGGUUCUUCUGACUGGCAGACGUGUGUGUGCUCAGUGGGACAUAUACACAUGGACACACUAUCUUGUUUUGAUAUGCAAAUAUGAUCAGACCCCCCUCCCUCCCCCAUGGCAUAGUGGGAAGUCCAACCAGAGAGCUGUGUCCAUAGUUACUGCAUGCAACUGCCUCCCUGCUAGCCUGGUCUCAGAUUGAUAUCCUACGAAGCAGGUUUGAGGAGUUUGUGAGGUAACUUUGGUCAACUGAGUUCAACUCAGGAUAAGCGGUCAUACGAAAGUGGCUCACCUUUUAGCCAGGUACAUUUAUAUGGCAAUGAAUCCUUCAGAACUACCCUGUUCUGAGGCAGGCUAACUCAUUGUUAACUCCACUUACCUUGAAUGAAAUGACUGGGCCUUGAGAACUAAUGAAAUCAGAUUCCCUCAUCAACCCCUUCAUUUCAGGAAGAUGACUGAUAUUUGAUGAAUCAAAUGUGUUAUGUUAAAAUCACAUGACUAAAAUAUGUAAUGUCAGAAUGCAUUUUAAACUUAACGCAAUGUAACUUUUGUAUGACUUAAUACAAAAUAAGUGUGUAUAUAAGAGAGAGGAGGGGGGGGGGGUGCUUGUGCAUUGAUAAGCACACCAAAGCAGGCAUUAAUUAAAAAUAAAGACAGCCCUUCUGAAAUCAUUUCACACUGCAGUCUGCUGAAUUUGCAAGAUACAUUUUCAUGCAUUCUGAUUUCGGCACAAAUUACUGAGUCGCCCAUGGAUUGAUUUGUCUCAUUUAAGUUCGCCGUGCAGUUACAAGCCUGCUGGAGUUAGCCGCAGACAAUACAUUUUGACCGUUGUGGUGUAAGGAUGAAGCCUGAGCUGGUUUGUGAAGCUGGUUAGUUUUAGAAAACCCAGAGUAGAUCCAGCUUGCUUCGUAGGAUACUCAGGUGUAGCAGCUAACUAUCGUUAUCCUCCCUGACAAACAUUGGCUGAAGCACACAGAACUGGACCAGUACGCUACCUCCAUAUAGCCAGAAGAGUGGAGAUGACUGGUUUUACUAACGGUCCGGACGAAGGAAAUCAGUUGUCUGGAUAAAAUAGAAACGCCCCUGCAAUUUAGAUCUUUCGGAGGGCUUUAUUCAAUCUGUAUCGCUGAAGUUCAGCGGAGACUGCGUUCACGGUAAACGCUACAUAUUACCUCAAACUACCUUUUAAUUUCUAUCGCGUAGAGCGCUGAAGUGUUGGAUCCACUGAACUCGUGCCCCACCCCUAGGCUCUUCCCCACGGGGUCUUGUAAAAUCCCUAGUAUGGGGUUAGGGUUUCAUAGGAUUGGACCUGUGACCCCCUGUAUCAUUACUGCAAUGAGAACCAUUUGUAUAGUGUGGUUAAUUUUACAAAUGUGUGCUAAAUAAAGUCAUGGUUUCUCUA